CUGCAACUAGGAGUUGUAAUUAUAACAUGUCCUAGGAGUGAGAGGUGAACUCAUCGCCAUUCAUAUUGAGUUUAGUAGUGAGGGAACUUGUCUCAAAGAGCUAGACUGAGACUGGGUGAGAUGCUGCUUAUCUCUAUUUUAAUAGAUAACCUAAAAGUGAAAUCUGUGAACUGUUUGGUGACGUUGCUCCUCCUUGCUGAGUUACUAUGCGCUGCCAAAAUAAAAUUACCUCUAGUAUGUCUUAAUACUUAUCGAGUUCUACAAACAGGAGGCUAAUGCUUAUCUAUCUAUCUAUCUCUCACUUUCUCUGAACCAGCCAGGGGCUACCAACUUUUUUCCAUUCUGUCUUCCCUCAACUCAAUUCCUACUUAGCGUGGAUAUUCAUUUUCCAACCCCCAGUUUUAAAAACAAUCAAUGAGAGAGCUGCCAUCUUGCUAACUUGAUGUACAUGGGUCUCUGGCUAGGAAAUACAAGCUACAUUGUGAUUGUAUGAGCAUCAUUUAUAUGAACCCAAACUGGUGGCAGGUAUUUCUGACAAUGGUUUUAAAAUUUACUUUAUUCUAUCGAUAUAUAUUUAGCUUUCUCAAAAUAAUAUAGCUGCCCAAUACAAUUUGUAAUUUCUCAGAUGGCAGCCACCUCAAGGAAGAAGUGCCAUUCUGUUUGUUCCCAUAUAGCUAGGUCUAUAGACUUUUGUCUUGAAGCUACAUAGAGGUUUAGAACUUCAUUUUCAUAUUUAUUUCAAAUGGUGCUAUCUUUCACAGACUUUGUACCUUGAAAAGGCUUGUUUAGGUAUUUUAAAUGGGUAAUGCUACUUUCAUUCACAGAACUCCUUUGUAAGGUUUUCACAGUUUAUAAGUCUCUCAGAAGUUUUUUGCCAUAAAUCUUUCAUAUGUGAUUGCUGCUGUACCUCAAAACGUGGACUGCCAGUAUCUCAAAGUAUCAGAAAAGGAGGAACAGAUAAAGAAAUCUUUUGGGGAUUAUGCAAAAAACUAUUGCUAAGUACUAAGAAAUAAUCUGUUCAAACCACAGAGCCAAUGGUAAAUUCUCUUUUUAAUAGGAAUGUCUUAUUCAAAAGUUUGUAGGCUGGGAUUCAAACCAGGACCUUGAUUACUUUCCUGCUGUCUUGUACUGCCUCUGAGCAUGAUGAAUAGGCAGAAUUUGAUUAAUUUUAAUAAGAACCUAAUUUAAACAUUCCAAUUUUUCAGGCAGAGCUUAAUUUUGGUGGUUUAAUCUGUUCUUUUGCUGUUAGAGACCUCAUAUAUGUGUUGGCAUGAAUGUUAUAGUCUUUGUACAUUCAAAUCUGCCACAUCUUUUUAAGUUUUCUUUCCAAAUCAUCCAGUAAAGAUAACCUAUGUUUUUCUGUCAAAACCUGUAUAAAUGUGGCUUCUCAACUUAUACUCAAGAUAACGGUGUCCACAAAUCUGUCUAUGCAGCUUUUUCCUGGAGAAUCUAGAUGUCCAACUAUGAGUGAAAGAGAAUAUCAAAUAUUGUAGCCCUUUUUGUGGUCUCUCUCUCUCUCUCAAAAUAUUGGAUACCCUUUCAGAUUCUGAGACACUUUCAUUUUAGGGACUGGUACAGACAUACAGUGGUUACUUUUCAAAGGUAACCUAAUUUCAUUUCUGUAGUGCACCUGUGUCCUCCCUUAAAUCAUUUUUAUUCUGCAUCAAUUUUGUAGGAACCUGCACUCUGAAGGGGCUUGAGGUAUGUAAAGAUACCACUAAGACUCUGAGUCAAGGUACUUUACUGCAUUAGUCAAAUAGAAGAUGUUAAGAUCAGUCUGGACAAAGCUGCUGCCACACUCUUUUUUUCCCAAAUAACCUGGAAUACAAUUUACAAUGUGGUUGGAAUAUAAUAUCCAGCUUCAUACUUUGGUUUCUGUGGAUUUUGGAGUAACACAUUACAAAGUUUUGUCAUGUUCUCACCUAUUCUGGUUUGCUUUGGAAGCAGUGUCAUGAGAGCGACAUUUUAUUUGCACUUUUGCUCAAGAGAACAUGGCUGGUAUUUAAACCAGAGCGAAUCAGUUCUUGAAUGAGCAUUAUUACAGAAUGAAAGCUGUCUGCCCCACCCCCGGAUACACACACUCUCCUUUCUAAACGACUGAUUGCUGUGUCAGUAUAGUGCUUCAGGCUCUGGUUAGUCUUAAGUACCCUACUCUUCCCACUGUCUUGACCCUUAGGCUAAUAUGUUUUUUAACACCAUUUACUCCAUCCACACUAGGUAGAAAGCUGUGCUAAAAUUGUAUUACAUUGUUUUUCAGACAUAAUGCAUAAACCUUCUAAUGGUGUGGGGGCUGACCAAAAAUGCCCAUGUACUUUAUGCUGUAUGUUUAUGCUAGUUUUGGAGAAGCCCUUCAGGCAUUUCCUUCAAGACCACAAAUCUGCUUUCUUGAGGCCGAUCCGUCCGGUGAAAGACCAGGCAGAUUGUUCCCAGAUUAGAUCCCUGAUUUCAAGAUUUAUUUUUUCCUUGGUUGGCACAUAUUAGUACCGAGGGACUGGAAGGCCAAAUAAGAGAGUGCAGGGCGGAAAGUAAGGCUUUGAAGCAUGCCUGGAAAUGUGGUAAAAUACUUUACUGGAUUUGAAAGGCAAACGGUUGAGAGCAUGUAUAAACCCCAACAUCUGUCCGCUUCAGUAGGCUUGGCGGCAUGUCCACGUUGGUAGAAAAAUGAGGUCCUUUCCAGGGCAAGUGAAUGGAUUAUGGAAGGAGUUAAUGGGAUUGUUGAUCUUUAAUAACGCAGCAAACCAAAUUACCGUAUUUGGCUGCGGAUUAGUACUUAUAGCAAAAGUGCUAAAUUGAGUCCUUGGACCUGGUUUUCCAUAGAGGAACUAGUCUGACUAUGUGGGUAGGAUUCUUUUCUCAUUCUAAAGUCUGUCCCGAUAUUUUUUUUCAGUCAUCACAUUUUCAUAUUAUUCAAAAAGUCUUUUUUAAAGAAGGGAGAGGUGGUUUAUGUGGUUGACUGUGUUGCAUCUCGUCUCAGACAAAAUGGGUUGAAAUGUGAUUCAUCUGCCUGUCUAGGAGGACUGUUCAUGUCUUCACUGGCUAGGGAAAUAACUGAUUGCGUUUGAUUUUUGGAGCGUGUCAGAGAGAAGCUCUUUGCUGAGCUCUGAAACUAGCAGGUUUGGAGCACCUGGCUUAAUGGUGCUACAAUUCCCUGGUCUGUCUGCAGUAAGCAGGUGCUUUGUUCUGGACUUGAACAGCAGUUGAAGUGAUUGUUAAAAUACAGUAUUGCAAAGCAGGUUGCCAUUGCAGUUGUCCCCAGAAAGUACUAUUCUCCUUCAGCAGAGAGCUGCUGCAGCUGAACAGAAAGAGCCCAAGGCAGGAGCAGCAGAAAUGGGGAAUGGGAGGCAUAUUGUCCCUGUGCUUCUAAUGCAGCAAAGCCCUUUGUUCACUGCCCUAGUAAGCCAUGAUUUGCACUGUGUGUGUGUCUAGGAACAUAGCAGGGCAUGAAUGUGAAGGCUUAUCAAAUAUCCCUUUCCUAACAUUAACUUUGUCCAGGGUGAAUUAGAAGGUUGGUGUCUCCUACAGAAACCUUUUUUGUCGUUUGGGGGGUAAAACCAUCAGUGGCCAAAUCUUGCUUUCCUUACUCAUGCAACAAGUCCCAUUUAAUCUUAUUUUUCCAUACCCUUUAGUAUAGGGUCAAGUCACUAUCUGAUGCUGUCUUGUGCCUCAAAGUGACCUGCCAUUCCAUUAAUAUUAUCAGUUGUCCAUGUGCAAAUCCUAACUCUAAAUAAUUACAUUUUAAUUCACACUACAGCAAAUGGGAAGGUUGAAUGGUGGGACUCCCAGUAGAGGAAAACCCUCGUUACACUCUGGAAAUCUCACAGGUGGGAUAACAGCAUGGACCAGCAUAGAUGGAUUUUCUGAUGUAGCCGUUAGAAGGCCAUAGUCAGCCCUGAGAAUCCCAGCGGUCUUCGUGGAAGUCUGCGUUCCUCGCGGUCUAGUUUUUUCCCACCUGGCAGUAUCAGGACUCAUUGUGGCAAUCCAUUGAUUUGACUGGUGCCUCAGAAUACAAACUAUCAAGGAAAAACAAUUUCCCACGCUACUUUUGUGAACUUGUAUAAAGCAAUAGCAGCAGCCACUCCCUGCUUAUUGCUAGAUGAUUUUAGGGAGUGUAGCCCUGGCAAUUUACUUCUUUCUCUUCCAUUUUCAGAUGUGUGAGUUCAGAGUGUGUCCCAAUUGUCAGUGGGAUUUCAGUAACGUGCUGGGCGGUGCAUUGGUUUUUGGCCAGAGAAAAGUGGUUUCAGACUCCUGUGCAUGGAGAAUACUGUGGCCAGCUGCAGGACCUCCUGGACUUUCCUGGCUGGCCCUCCAUGUUUAGGCUCCUGUGGCUGAAUUUCUCAGCUUCGUCUCUCAGCAGUCAUUCUCUUUUCAUGGGAACUGGCAUUGUAGACUUCUUUUCUGAAUAGUGCAGCAUGUGCCCGAGUGUGUUUGUUAUUUUUCCCUCCCAAGUAAAAUUAUGUGCGACUGUAAUGUUCAUGAAGUUUGCUGGAUUUAUAGUCUUGGAGACCCUAGUACUGUAGCCAUAGUACUAAUACAGCACCGAGAAGAACAAAACUUUGUACAGUUGUACUUUGAGCUGGAUGUAAAGGGUGACAUGAUGGCCCAUUCUUUGUCGCCUGUUCAGUUCUUGGUUUCACUGCUAAGACUACCAGCAAGGUUGCCAGUGGAUGCCAAACUUAUUUUUUGCCAUUCCUGACAUGUAUGUUAACAGCUGGCCUGCUAAGGACACUUUCCAGUCACCAACAAGCUUCACAUGGCAACAGCUUUUGAGCAGUAGUGGGCGCGUCUGCACAAGACGCUAAAAGCCCAGCAGACUAAUUCUGCUGCACAUGAGUGCAUCACGGUGAAAGCUGUGCUAACGCGCAGUAGAAUUAGGCUACUGUGCAUUGGCAUCACGUAAAAAACAUGCGUUGGCGCUACUGCGCAGGAGUGCCAAUUACAGCUCAUGAAUGCACGUGUAGACAUGCCCAGUGAUGCUGCUUUUGAAUGGACUGCACGUGUUCAAGACUCCCAAGGCAUCUAGUCCCCCAAGAUGGCUCGACUUAUCUUUGGCAAACUUAAUACCUUUGAGGCAUGUCAACUUUGGUAACUUAAAAAUAUGCCUAUGUUCUUUCCUUCCCUUGCAAUGUGUUUGUAAAGCAUGUCAUAUUUUAUGAUUCACUUUUAUUUUGGAUUGCUCUGAAUCUUUCCUGAUCCUUUGCUCAGAAUAUUCUCUGUCCUUAUUGAGGCUUCUUACUAAAAACUCAAACUAUAGAGACUUAUUACUUGUGUACAAACAAGUAAAACUUAGGUAGUAGCAGUUAUUCAUGUAACAUGAGGGAUCCAUAUAUCCAGCAGAUACUGUCAGGUGCUCACAAUGACCCAGUUACUACUUUUUUUUUUCUUUUCUCUUUGUUGGUCCUACCGCUCAGAAAUAAAGUUGAAGCUUGUAAGACUUUACUUUGUUUCUUGGGUAUGUCAUAAUGUAAGCAAUUUAGUUGGGGUGAUUGUUCUCUUCUCUGAUGUAAAAAAUAAUUUAUAUUGUCUUUGAAAGUGUUGAUAGAAGAUAUGCAGCCUACAAACAUGCAGAUUUGUGCCCAGAGAUUAGUUAUCAGUGUCCUGUUAAAUUCUGAUUCACUGUGUCCAAUUGGGAAUGAUGUUAGCCUCCCAACACUUCUUGCUAAAUGAAUAUAUCAAUUAACAAGUGGUGUUCAAAGGCUAAGUAACCCUAUUACAAUAAUUAUAUUUGGUCCUGCCAAGUAUUAAUGCAGUUCUUUCCAAGUGGAAUGAUCUAAUUUUCUUACAGAUAAGAUAGCUGGUUCUUUAGGGAAUUAAAACUGGCCAGAUCUAUCUAUCUAUCUAUCUCUUCUCAUGUCAAUAUGCAAAAAUCACUAAUGGGCCUGGUAGAAACUCCAGAUUCAAAUACCUUCAAAUUUUGAGGGCUAGCUGGAUCCUGUUCAGAAUUUUGCGAUUCCCAUUUGUUUCUCACUCCUGAUGUUUUAUGCUUGUAUGUGAAUAGACAUGUCUGCAAUUCUCACUUGUUCCGUUUAUGGUUUUGAGUUUGAGGCCAGGUUUGGAAACCGGUAAGGCUCCGAGUGCUUACAGACAUUGAUAGGCCACAGGUGGAGAUUUGGGUGGAACUGCUUCCUGUAUUUACUGAGAGGGUCUAGGACCUAGCACUUAAGCCAUUGUGCCAAGAAAAUGGCCACGUCACGGGGUACUGGGGAAACAAGGACCACGAGUAAUAAAGGCUCACACUGCAAAAAUGCGUUGCAGCAUAGACAAAAGGGCAUCUGCUCCACCAUAAGGAGUACGCAAAGCGGCCACCUGGUUCUGAAGCAACGCUCUUGGUACAUGUUAGGCAGAGGACUUGCUUUCAUCAGCAGCAGCCUCCUCUCUGGGAAGGCAUGGCAAGCUGCAGUGUCAAAAUGGAUUGGUGUUUGAAGCAUCAGCUUUUUAAGGGAGACCUUAUUUUCUUGUUAUACUUUUCUCCCCUAACCUUGCUACCUCGGUGACUUGCUGCUUCAUGCUGGCUUAUUGAGAGAUGCCAUGUGACAGGAUAGAAAAUUUCUUAUCUAAUAAUUUCCUUUCUAGUAAGGGCAUCUCCCUUUUAACCAUCAGGAUAAUCAAUUCAAUUGUCAAGAUGCAUUUUUUGCAAUGAAAAAUUGUGGAAUAUACACAGUCCUUUCCUGGAGGCAAUCCAUUAUCACCCAUUAACAGUGAAAAGCACUUGACAUAAUUCUUAAGAAAUCCACACCAUGCAGAUGCAAAUUAGAAGCAUUUAUCUUGAGAUACAAAGUUAUCCGUGGAAGAAUUAGCAUUUAUUCUGUGUAGCUAUUUCUCUAAGCAUUUUUCCCAUUUAAAUCUGGAUUUGUUGCUUGUUGUUUGUUUCGAAUCCCCACCAUUGUUUGCAAUCAUCCACUAGGGGGCAACGCGCAUCGUACCGAGCCAGUGCAAUAAGGAGACAUCGGGGAAGUAAAUUGAAAAUCUAAGAGCUGUGCUAACUGGGGAAAGAUACAAGGCUAGGCAUGUAAUGCAUUUGAGAUUCAACCAAAGGUUUUGAUACAGUAUUAAAUACCAUCAAACUCCGGACUUACUUUCCUCACCUUGCUUAUUUCACACUAUGUAUGCUCAGAGAAAACAUAUGAAUUGUAAUCUGCUAGCAACAGAUUUCCUUAAUGCGGAGCAAAACCACUGCCAGCAGUUGCUGAAAUGAGUGGAAAGAAUUUUUCUUUGUUCAUGUUGAUCAGAAGACUAGUAGUGAAAUGCCAGGCUGUAAUGUACCUUUGGUGUAAUUUCCAGGAAGUAAUCAGCUCCAAAUGGAAGAACAGAGGCAACUGGUCACUGGAGAUGCACAUGGUAUAGUCUGUUCAAAGAAAGAAAAUGUAGGUUUUGGUGAUGUAUUUGAUUGUUAGUGUCUCCUAGCUUAUGCAGUAUUGUCUCUCUGGUAACAAAUCACUCAUUGGUGGAAAAUGUACCCUUCUCAUUUCCUGCCGUGAUUGGUCCCAGCAGAUACAUGCCUCCUAUAAAGUUGUAAAUGGGUAUCUCAGGAAGGAGUGAUAGUGGGAAGGCUUAAGUCACUGUGUGCAUAACACUCCCUAUGCCUGGAGAAGGGUGUCUGUGCCCGAAAGCUUGCAAAGAACAAUUUUUCCAACUACUUAGUUGGUCUAAUAAAAGAAAUCACAUUUACCCGAACAACCUUGUAACCCCAUGAAUGUGCUCUAAAGUCCAUGCCACAUAACUGAUGGUACUGAGUCUUGAUAGUCUGCAGAGGAAGUGAAGUUGUGGCAGCAGAAAAUGCUUGCAGACUUGACAUGUGCUUGGCAGGUGAUGAAGAAGAUGGAGGUUUCCUAUAAUCAUGAAGAAAAGAUAGAGAUAGGGGGACACGCCUCUUGAUGCAGAAGCCUGUGUUCCACUCUGCAUGAUGCUGAAGCAUUGCACGAAGAGAGAUCACUAUCUGUCUUCAGUGAGUAGAGGGUCCUUCCUGUGCCAGCCCUCCUUGCAAAUUAGGAGUUUGCCUGACAGUCUGAAGUGCCCAUCUUUCUUAGCCUCAACAUUAUGCUGAGGGUACGCUUUCAGAUUCCCAGCUUUUAAAGCUGUGUCUUUUUCAAAUGUUGAAGCGCUGAGCUCCAUUUCAGGAAAAUAAGUUAUGACACCAGUCUCACUGCUGCUGUACCCAGGCUAUGCGGUAUUAAAAGCCCAAAUGAGUAUCAGAAUUAUUGUCUGAUGGGAAGAAUGGGGCAGAUGCAUCUCGUAUUGUUUAAAGAUUUCUGCCAACUUAGGCAGUCGCUUUUGCAUCUGUUGUGCUUAUUUCAUGUUUUGAAGAUUUUUUUUCUUUGUUACCAUUAUAGCAAUUCACUAGAUUCACGGCUCUGUGUUGUGCCCCAGCUAGCUUUGGAAACACAGCUUAAGAAAAGGCCAUUUAUGUUAAUGUUUUUCAAGUCUGGAAAUGAACCGACUUCCUUCUGCAGUGCUUACAAGCAAAACAACUGGAGUUACUUUCAUUAGGGCUGGAAACGUGCUUUCAUCCUUUAAUACCACAUUGCUGUUGCUAGGGAAGGUUCGCAUGAUGAAAGAAAAUGACCCAGCUUGGAAGCCCACGUUCAUUGUGAAACCUGACGGAGGAUGUCAGGGGGAUGGAAUCUACCUCAUUAAAGAUCCCAGUGACAUUAGAUUGGCUGGAAACCUACAGAGCAGGCCAGCUGUUGUCCAGGAAUACAUCUGUAAACCACUGCUGAUUGACAAGCUGAAAUUUGAUAUCCGUCUCUAUGUGUUACUGAAAUCUUUAGAACCUUUAGAAAUUUACAUAGCCAAAGACGGACUCUCUAGAUUUUGUACAGAGCCCUAUCAAGAACCUACCCUCAAAAAUUUGCACCAGGUAUUUAUGCACUUGACAAACUAUUCACUGAAUAUUCACAGUGGGAACUUCAUCCAUUCAGACAGUGUAAACACUGGCAGCAAAAGGACUUUUUCAAGCAUCCUCUACAGAUUGUCUUCCAAAGGGGUUGACAUCAAGAAAGUGUGGUCAGAUAUCAUUUCACUGGUGAUUAAAACGAUUGUUGCACUAACUCCAGAACUGAAAGUUUAUUACCAGUCUGAUAUACCAACAGGAAAACCUGGGCCAACUUGCUUCCAGAUUUUAGGGUUUGACAUUCUCCUAAUGAAAAACUUGAAGCCUAUGUUACUCGAAGUAAAUGCAAACCCCAGCAUGAGAAUAGAACAUGAACAAGAGCUUUCUCCAGGGGUGUUUGAAAAUGUUCCAAGCCCUGUUGAUGAGGAAGUGAAAGUAGCUGUGAUCAGAGAUACUCUUCGUCUAAUGGAUCCAUACAAAAAGAAGAAAAAAGAUAACCUAUCUCAACCUUCUGAACCUGCAUCGGAAAAGAAAGAACAGCUAUCGGAAGGAGGAUCAACAGACAAAUUGGAGCACGAUAGCAGCAAAAAUCCAGAAGCCAGCUUACCUUCCCCUUGUCUUAAGCAAGUGUUUCCGAAGUAUGCCAAGCAGUUCAACUACCUGCGACUGGUGGAGAGGGUAGCUGCCUUGUUCAUCCGCUUCCUGGGAGUGAAGGGGACGACGAGGUUGGGGCCAACAGGUUUCCGAACGUUUGUAAGGAACUGUAAGCUGAGUAACAGCAACUUCUCCAUGGCCACAGUCGAUAUUCUCUACAUUGAUAUCACAAGAAGGUGGAACAGCAUGGGGAUGGACCACAAAGAAUCAGGGAUGUGCUUGCAAGCCUUUGUGGAAGCUUUCUUUUGCCUGGCUCAAAAAAGAUACAAGUCACUCCCAUUACAUGAGCAGGUGGCCACACUGAUUGAUUUCUGCGAAUACCAGCUCGUCACCCUGGAUGAAAGGCGCCUCGUUUGCAGCCGAGGAAUAACGGAGCGGCGACCGGCACUCGUCACCUGCCAGCCAGAUGGACUUCACCUCACCCCCGCUCAUCACGCGCCUCUCCUCAACCGCACGGCCGCCACCAAUAAACUUGCAGAUUAUAGGAGUCACCGGUUGUGAGGGAGCCGCUCCGUCGAGUUGCAAACGAACGUCAGGGCGAGAAACAAAUCCCCGUAUGCGUGUGCUGCAGGAGGCAAAACACGGGUUCCUGGGUUCUUCCUUCUGCUCAUCAUGAUUAUUUAUUGCAGCUUUCCCUGAUUUAUGCUUUUCGGAAAGGAUGGCUGCAAGCUCCCCUUUCCUGGUAAUGACCCUCAGCAGCAAUGGCCAUUAUUUAUUAUUUCCCCAGUGAGCAUACAAUAUAGCUGAAAUGACAUACUGCACCUUUUAUUCUGAGUUUAUGGGAAAUCAUUUAUGAAGACAAAGGGGCAAAGAUAUAAUGCUACAGUAACCAGCAUCAUGGGAUUGAUAGCACGGACUGGGAGGCGCAGCCUCGUCAAAGGCGUUUCACCUUCACUCGCGUCCAGGAGAAGCCACUCUUUGAGACCAGAACAACACACUUUGGAGUUACAACGCGUGCCGUUGUGAAACCAAGUGGGGAGGUGUAAACUGUCAAAUUGUGUGUGUUGGAAAACCCAGAGCUCAAAUUAUGCAUUUAAUCAAAUUUUAGGCUUUGCUUCUAUGUUGUGUGGAUUUCAUUUGAAUUCUUGUUCAUGCAGGUAUUGAUUUUUUUUUUUUUGUACGUGGCAGGGCAGGCCAGCAAUUAUACUGGAGAGAAAUGUAUUUAUUUGAAAGUUAAUUUUAAAACACAGAAGCCCUAAAUACUUUAGGGUCUUUUUACACAACUUUUGUCACCCCCACUGCUGUUUUACUUAAAGGCAAGUGGUUUCAAGGGACCCGGUGCUGCUCACCCUCGCACGGAAACAGCCCCGUGCUGAUUUGAAUGUGCUGACAUGGGCAGUGCUGAGCGCACACCUUGCAGAGAGAGCGGUGCAGGUGCACACCUUCCCUUUCCUUGACUCAAGGGGUGUCUGUGUCAGGCCGCUGGUGAGUAAAGAUGGGCUGGAUCAGACUCCGAGCUGCUGGGUUUGCUCUUUGCAGCUGGCAGUGGUUUAGGACCUUUCCACUAACAUUUCCCAUUUGCAUAGGCCCCACUCACAUGCAUGGAGAUAGUGUAAUUUGCUCUAUAAUUUUUGGGGUCUCAUCCCUUGGCAUGAACAUUGGGGCGCUCUGCUGAAAGCCUCAAUGGUCACAGGCAAGGAGGUCUCAGGACUGAGAAACACAGCACCAGUAGAUCCCCUGGCACUUGGCACCUGGCUUUUCCACCAGGUAUCUUGCGGAGUUAAGCCCAGAGCUCCUGAUGCGGAGAUAAGUGAAGUCAGUGGAAAAUUUCCAUUCAUUUCAGAGGGCUUUAGAUCAUGUCCUUUCUGAGGCCUUUUUCUCAAUAUUAUGGCAGACCUUUACUUAAUUAAGUUGGCUGAAGACCUCUAGAGCGGCAUCUCUCAACCCGUGGGUCAUGACCCAAGUGGGUUGCAAGAAUAUAUGAAAGGGUCACGAACAAACUUUAAAAAUGGAUUCUCCUUUAAAGGAGGAAAACAUGGGAAACUGUUUUUUCCUUUGCAGGCAGGCAGAGUUUCAGCCUGCGAGGGGCUGCUUGGGGCUCUCCCAUGCCCCACACAUUGUGGGGCUGGAGCACGGGGACACGGGGCAACAGGUCGGGAGUGAGGGGCACGGGGUUGGGACUGGCCAAUGAUGUUUAUUAAAACAAAAAAAAGGUUGAGAACUGCUGCUCUAGAGCAGAUCCCCAACUGGUGUCAAGUGAUCCAGCUCCAACGGGGAGCUUUCCAGGAGUAAGGAGGAAAAGUUAAUCCCCCACUUGGCCCCUUGGGGUAAGAGAAACUAAUGCAGUUCUUCCUUGCAGCAUAGUACUUUAUUCAUUACGUGUGCGCUGGUUCUCCACUUCACUUCCUGUUACCUCAUAGCCGGGCAUUGCAGAUAAGGACAGCAUCGCUUUUAAAUCUUUAUAUUAAUAAAUAUUUAAUGGCCACUAUAUGGCUCUUCCUUCAGAGCCUGUUUUGGCCAGCAUUCAGCAAUGUAAUUAAUAUUCUUUCCCAGUGCUGCACUGAACAGUGCAGGGUUACUUUUUCAAGUGUCAGGUACUGUAACUAAUGGAUUUAACGGUGAGAGGCUAAACUAAUUGCUUUUUCGGGGGUUUUGCUAUCACAUUUGAACCAAGAGAACUUAGAGCUGAAUCCGCAUCUCUGUGUAACAGUGCGGGCUGUCCCUUUAAGGGGGAACAGCCUGUCCUUGGCUAAGAGGGGAGUUAGAAAAGAGAAAGCAAGUGAAAGAAGCAGGCUCUGAAGGGAAGAGCUUGUGCAAGGACAAGCCAGGAUGCUGUGUUGGGGCUAGAGCAAAAAGGGACUCUUCUCCUUGUGUCUGGGAGAGGACAGAGGAUUUGGUUUUGUUAUUAGCUUGCUGAAUUUGCUUUGGAGAACUUGCUGAGGAGCUCAUAAGGGAGCAAAGUCUCCUGUAGAAGCCAGCAGGAUAAAUGCCCUGCUUCCGCUCUUCCUCUUAAUGCCCUUAACUUUGUUUUAAAAAAAUCUGAAUAUUAGCACAACAGCGUGUAGCAGAAUAAUUGGCCUUUUUUUAAAGCAUAGCUAUAAUGCAUGAAUGCUGGACAAUAUUAAUUGCACAUAGGACUAGAAAGGGCAUCCUAGCCCAUCAUAGUCAGUCCCCGGGUCUGCAGCCUAUCCUUGAGCUUCUUGCUAAGCACAGUUAUGCAGUUCACUUCUAUCCUUACAAUAAGGCACCAUGAGUCUUUCUAGUCUGUGGUCUCAUUGUUGGGAGAGCAACCUGAGCAUGCAUUUGAGUACCUUUAAAACUUCAGUACUGUUGAUCAAGGAACUUCAUGGUAUCACUGCUAUUGUAGGAAUGCACUUCAUCAUCUUACUGCAAAAACUUGUUUCUUUAUUUUAUUCUUUAGAACGCAAGAAUGAGUGCUAAAUCUAAAAUUCACCAUGCUGCAAACAAAGUAGGAUGGCUCCAGGAUGUGUGAAGGCUGCCCAGUAGUUGGGGAUCAGCCUUACCCUUGGAAAACUUGGGUUCAGUUCCCUGCUCUGUCCUGGUCUUGGAGAGAGCUGGGGCAGGUUAGUUAAGUCUCUCCCUAUCUCAUGGAAAUGGCAGCACUGUCCCAUUUUUGAAGGGUGUUUUGAAGAUCAAGCAAAGUUUGCUUUGCAUUCAUAUACUAUGAUGAUGCGGGGGCAGGAGGGGAGGAAGGAGCACCUGAGAGAGGAUGUGAUGGGCCAUAUUCUGUCUGGAAUUACACUUCUGCAACCAGCUUCAUGCAUAUUUCAUGCAAGUUUACCAGAAUAGUAGCAAUUAUUUUCUGGAUUUCAUUGAUCAAAAUUGUUGCUAUUUGCAAAAUGAGAAAUCCUAAUGUUUUUUUUCUUCUCCGAAUGCUGUGUGUGUGUGUGUGUGUAUCAUUUGUGAUCCCCUCCAUAACCAGAACUAACUAAUCUUUGGGCUCCAAAUUCAUUUAGGAACUAAAAUACCCGAACAGGUCCAUCUUGUCCAGCAUAUACUGUCUGAUCGCAGUAAAGCUGAAUGAGUCCAGACGAGUUGCACAUGAUGAAAGAAAUCAUAUUCCUGACCCCCCCAGGGGGGUGAUCUUUUUUUUAUUGAUUUCCAUGGUUUGUGGACUGGUGCUUGAUAUUUUCAUUCUGGAUAAUGUAACGGCGGAUGAUUUCCUUGCCAUAUGGAGAGCUAGCUAACCUUGUUGUGGUGGUGUUGCUGUUGUUAUGCUACUAUUAUUAUCAUGCCUGUUGCUUACUGCAGCGCGUUUCACAAAUGAAAUGUUGCAUAAAAAUUUCCUUUAUUCA